GGGAUGGGGAAGGGGGUUAGAAAGGAGCCUGCGUUCCCCAGCCCCCUGGAUCGGCCCCCACCAGGGAGAAAUGAAGCUCCCCAAUCCCUGGCGCUGCGAAGUCCGGGACAUCUGGGAAGGGAGAUGAGCCCAGCAGAGUCGCCCCAAUGCCACCAGCCCUGGGGGUGCAUUGCAGUGAGGAUGAGACAGAGAUCGGUGAAGAUGGACUCCCCCAGAGGACUGUGGGAAGCAUGGAGGCUUCACCCCAAUCCUGCACUCCAAGAGGAGGACCAGGAGCCCCACAUUCUACAAGAUCUCACACAUCCCCAGGGGUCUCUGCCUAGCUCGGAGAGGUGUGAGCGGCAGCAGGGCAGGGCUGACCCGCCCUGGGAGCCUGGAAUCCAGGCACCAGUAAGGUUUGAAGAAGUGGCCGUGUAUUUCACCGAGGAGGAGUGGCAUCUCCUGGAUGAAGGGCAGAGGCGGCUCUACAGGGAUGUCAUGCUGGAGAACUACAUCAAUGUCAGCUUCUUGGUCCCUCCGGUCUGGUCUGGAGUCUCACUUGAUCUUCUCCCCCGGCUGGCAGGAUUCCUGGUCCCCAAACCGGCCGUGAUCUCCCGGAUGGAGCGAGGGGAGGCGCCGUGCGUCCCGGAUCUCCAGGGCUCUGAGGGGCGGGAGAUCCCAGCAGGUGCCGGGACGGGGAGUGAGAAUCCCCAGCAGAGAGUGUAUCUGUGUGGGACAUUCCUCUGGAGAUUGCAAGAGGAUGUAUCCCAGAAUCCUUUAGGAGCGGAUCUGCGCGGGCCGUUUUCAGGGCGAUCCAAAGAGGACAUAUCCCAGCAUCCCUUGAGAGGGGAUCCACACAGGCCGUCCUCCACCCCGCGGCCCAGAGAAGCCUGUCCAGGGGCAGGAGUAGGGGGCCAGCUGGGGCUGUCCAGGACCCCCCGACGUGGGGAGCGGCCCACCAUCUGUGGCGAGUGCGGGAAGGGCUUCCUGCAGAACUCGGACCUGGUGAAGCACCUUCGCACCCACACGGGCGAGCGGCCCUACAAGUGUGCCCAGUGCGGGAAAAGCUUCACCCAGAGCUCGGCCCUGACCCAGCACCGCCGCACCCACACAGGCGAGCGCCCCUACCCCUGCUCCCAGUGCGGGAAGUGCUUCACCGAGAGCUCCACCCUGGCCCAGCACCGGCGCAUCCACACCGGCGAACGGCCCUACCACUGCCACCAAUGCGGCAAAGCCUUCAGCCUCAGCUCCACCCUGAAGAAGCACCAGCGCACCCACACCGGCGAGCGGCCCUACAUGUGCGAGGCGUGCGGGAAGAGCUUCGGGGAGAGCUCCCACCUGGCCAACCACCAGCGCGUCCACACCGGGGAGCGGCCCUACCGGUGCAAGGAGUGCGGCCGAGGCUUCAACCACACCUCCACCCUCUUCAAGCACCAGCGCACCCACACCGGCGAGCGGCCCUACCGCUGUGGGGACUGCGGCAAGGCCUUCAGCUGGAACACGGCCCUCAAGCAGCACCAGCGGAUCCACACGGGUGCCAAGCCGUACCAGUGCGGGGAGUGCGGCAAGACCUUCAGCUGGAGCUCCACCCUCAACCAGCACCGGCAGGUGCACUCCGGGGAGAAGCCCCACGUCUGCCCCGAGUGCGGCCGCGCCUUUGCCCGCAGCUCCCACCUGGCGCAGCACCGGCUGGUGCACUCCGGGGAGAAGCCAUUCAAAUGCGGGCAGUGCCAGCGGAGCUUCAUCCAGAACGCCCACCUGGUGUCCCACUGCCGGCUGCACGCCGCCCCCGCCGGGCUGCCCCAUGGCACGCAGGAGGGCCCUGGGGACCGGGGCCUGGUUCAGCUCCCAUCGGCGUUGGCCUAUGGCCGACCCCCGGGAGCCAUGGAGCCCGUCCUGCAGCGCUGGGAGGCGGUGAGCCUCAAAGUGGAGGGAGAAGAGCCGAGUGCCACCGGGGAAGCCCAACAGGGGGUGCUGUCUCUGAGCCCGUAUCCUGGGGCGGCAAGCCCCCUGGGCUGGGCUCUGAAAGAGAAGCCAGAGUUCCAGCAGGGAAUGGGUGAUGGUGAAAGCCUGGGGUGGGAUCCAGCACAAAAAGAUCUGGAGAAGGCUGAACUGCACCAGCUCUUACCGAUAGCAGACGUCCCCCAAGUAGAGCUGGGUGGGGCGCUGUCUGGAAGACCUGAAGGAACCCUUCCCCAAGCGGAUCUGCUUAGGACGGUCUCUGGAGGAUCUGAAAGAGACAUUCCCCUACUGGAUCUGUGUGAGAUGUUCUCUGGAGGAUCUGACGGGGAUGUUCCCCAUAUUGAUCUGCAUGGGGUAUCCUCAGGAGAACCUGCAGGGGACGUUCCCCAGGUGGAUCUGCAUGGGAUGCCCUCAGGAGGAUCUGAAGAGGAUGUUCCCAAAGCGGAUCUGCAGGGGACGUUCUCUGGAGGAUGGGAAGGGAUGGACAUGCAGCAGCGGGGAGACUCUUCAGUGAGGACCCAGGGGAAGCCAGCCCAGCAUGGCAGCCUCCCUGCACCGGCCCCGGAGAAACCGUACAAGUGCUCGGUGUGCGAUAAAAGCUUUGGGCAGAGCUCCCACCUCAUCCAGCACCAGGUGUCGCACACGGGCGAAAAGCCUUACAAAUGUCCCGAGUGUGGCAAAGGCUUCACCUGGAGCUCAGCGCUGGCCCAGCACCGGCGCAUCCACCGCGGCGAGAGACCUUUCAUCUGCCCGGACUGUGGCAAAAGCUUCAGCCAGAGCUCCAACCUGAGCACCCACCGGCGCACCCACACGGGCGAGAAGCCGUUCGUCUGCCCAGACUGCGGGCGCGGCUUCAGCCAGAACUCCAACCUCGCGUCCCACCGGCGCACCCACACCGGAGAACGCCGCUACCACUGCUACGACUGCGGGCGGGGCUUCUUGGAGCGGGCGGCGCUGGCCGAGCACCAGCAGGGCCAUGCCGGGCAUCGGCCCUACACCUGCGGGCAGUGCGGCAAAGCCUUUGGACAAAGCGCCAAGCUGGCCCAGCACCAGCGCAUCCACACCGGCGAGCGGCCCUUCCGGUGCGAGGAGUGCGGCAAAGGCUUCAACGACGGCUCCUACCUGGUCAAACACCGGCGGGUCCACACCGGCGAAAAGCGCUACCGCUGCCCAGUGUGUGGCAAAACCUUCAGCCAGACCUCUAACCUCAUCACCCACCAGACCACCCAUACCGGAGAGAAGCCUUUCCGGUGUGGGGACUGUGGGCGUAGCUUCAUCCGCCGGGCUCACCUGGCUGCCCACCGGCGCACUCACACCGGCGAGCGGCCGUACCAGUGCGCCCAGUGCGAGAGGUGCUUCUCCCAGCGCUCCACCUAUGCCCAGCAUCGCCGCACCCACACCGGCGAGCGGCCUUACCGCUGCCCUGACUGCGGCCGGGGAUUCAGCCAGAACUCCAACCUGGCGGCUCACCGGCGCAUCCACACCGGCGAACGGCCCUACCAGUGUGGCCAGUGCGGCCGGCGCUUUGUCCAGAGCUCUGCCUUCACCCAGCACCAGAAGACCCACAAGAAAGGGCAGGACAUGAGAUCCACGAAGAUGCCUCAUUAUGUUAGUGAGGUCGCCGGUCUAACGAACCUCGUUAAUGGGGAACAUGGACUUUCUUCUAGAGAAUCUCUUCUUGAACAGCAACUUCCUGUUCCCAGCCUGCCCGGCUGUGCACAGCGGCUGGGGCGGGGGGGGCCGGUCCCCAGCACCGAAAUCCCCCUCCAAAGGGGGGGGAGGGGAUUGCAAAGGGAGCCGGGGUGCCCGGGGGCUGCGAUGGAGGAGUGGGCUCUGCUGGAUGAGAGGCAGAGGGAGCUGUACCGGGACGUCAUGCAGGAGAACUAUGGGGACGCCAUUUCACUGGGAUUUCCUGUCCCCAAACCGGCUGUGAUCUCCUGGAUGGAACGCGAGGAAGAGCCGUGCGUCCCGAAUCUCCAGGGCUCCGAGGAACAGGAGAUCCCAGCAGGUGACGGGACGGCGAGCGACAACGAGGAAGAGGACGUGGCAGAGCCUCCCCAGCAGGAGGAAGAGCCUCCGGGUCCAGAUGCCCCCAACUGGGCCGAAGCCUGCGAGAGCUUGUGUCGGCCCCCGCAGCGAGGGGGCCGCUGGGGCCCGUACCCCCGGCGGCGGCGGGUCAGCACCGCUCCCCGGGCCGAACCACGCUUCUUCGAUUGCCCCGACUGCGGGAAACGCUUCACGCUCAGCUCCCACCUCAUCCGGCACCAGCGGGUGCACACGGGCGAGCGCCCCUUCGCCUGUGGGGUGUGCGGGAAGAGCUUCUCACAGCGCUCGGACCUGGGCCGCCACCAGCGCACCCACACGGGCGAGAAGCUCUACCGCUGCACCCAGUGCCAGAAGAGCUUCAGCGAGAGCUCCCACCUCAUCCGCCACCAGAUCAUCCACUCCGGUGAGAAGCCCUUCAAGUGCAACGUCUGCGGCAAGAGCUAUGGAGACAGCUCCUACCUGGCUGUCCACCAGCGGGCCCACACCGGCGCCCGCCCCUACCGCUGCCCCCUCUGCGGCAAAAGCUUUGGACGCAGCUCCACCCUCAUCCGCCACCAGCGCGUCCACGCUGGCGACGGGACGCCGGCGGAGGGCCAGCCCGCCCUGCCCGUGCCCACGCCAGCCCCCCGGCCCAACGCCCGCCACCUCCGGAUAGUGGGGUGGCAGUGGGGGGUGGAGUGAAGGGUGCGGGGUGGGUGGGGAGAGGUGGGGGGCUUAGGGAGCAGUCGGUCGCUGUGGUGGGGUUGGUUACCAUGGUGACUACGGAGGGGAUCGGUGAGUUGGUUACCCUGGGGACUGGUCACUACGGAGAUUGGUGGGUUGGUUGCCAUGAAGUGGUUGGUAACUAGGGAGCUGCUUGGUGGGUUGGUCACCACGGUGGUUGUUUGCUAGGGAGGGCAUUGGUGGGUUGGUACCAUAGCGAUUAUAGGGAGGAGAUUGGUGGGUUUGUUACUGCAGUGGUUGGUCACUAAGGAGGGGAUUGGUGGGGUGGUUGGUAAAUAGCAGAUUGGUGGGUUGGUGACCUCGGUGGUUGAUCGCUAGGGAGGGGAUUGGUGGGGUGGUUGCCAUGGCGUGGUUGGUAACUAGGGAGCAGCUUUGUGGGUUGGUCACCAUGGUGGCUGAUCGCUAGGGAGGGGAUUGGUGGGUUGGUACCAUAACGAUUAUAGGGAGGGGAUUGGUAUGUUGGUUACUGCAGUGAUUAGUCACUAGGGUGGGGGUCGGUGGUGCAGUUAUCAUGCUGACUGACCACUAACAGCGACUGGUGGAUUGGUUCCCAUGGUGGUUAGUUGCUAGAGCGAGAAUUGCUAAUUCGGUUAGUAAGGAUGAUGGGUCACUCUUGAGAGAGGGAGGGAAUUGGUGGUUUGAUUACUAGGGUGAUUGUUGCUAAGCAGUUGAUUGGCAGUUCUGUUACUAGGGGCUACUGGUCACUAGGGAGCGAGUGGAUUGAUGGUCUGUUUAUUAGGUGUGAAAUAUUGUUUGGUGGGGGGUGUUUGAGGCUCAGGGGGAUUAAAUUUGGGUGACGGGGAACAGAUUUUGGUACUCCCCAAACCUUUAUAGCAUUUAAUGAUGGUGCCCAGGGGGUUCAUACCCAGGAACCCCCCUAAUCCCAGCUCACCAGGAACCCCACCGUCACCACAGCCCACUUCCUAGUGCCCAACACACGAGGCCCCCCAUUCCUUCAGCUCUCCCUGUCUCUGGGCCUCUGCUUGGUUCAGAGGGGAGGGAGGUGGAUUGACAGCCUCGGGGCAUGGGAUAGACUGACACCCCCUCACUGGGGGUAGCGUCCGCAGCAUUCGCCCAUUUCAGAACCAGCCGCCAGGACGGAAUAGGAACAGAUAUUUCAUCAGGGAGACGGGGCUGCCGGGUGCCUGGGCAAAUCCUGUCCCUGGAGCACUGAGACGCCACAGACUCCACACGGCAACGGGGAAAUGGAUAAAAACAAAUAUUUUCUACUUAGAGAAUCAAUGGGGCCAAAUCCCCAGCUGGGGUCACUCAGCUGUAGCUCCAUUGGGGUCAGUGACACCAGGGCCCCAAUCGGCCAUGACUCCAGUGGGGUCAAUGGGCCAGAUCUCCAAGAGGUGUCAUUCGGCCAUCGCUGUCUCGGAGUCAACAGUGCAAGGCUGGUUGACGGCAGCUGGCCAUGUAUCCUGGAAGUUCUCAGAUCUUGUGACACUAUAACACAACUGACCUUUAUAUUUAUUGACGGUUCCCGUCCCCAUCAACUCAGCGUGCCCUAGGUUUGUCUAACUUAGAUUGUAAGCUUACUGGGGCAGGAACCUUUUUUUUUUAGACCUCUGUACGUGCACCGUGCAUAGCCACGGGGCUGCAGAAAUGUUUAUUAAUAAUAAUAAUAAUAAA